UCCUGUCCCGGAAGAAGGAAGAGAUUUCGCACAGAGAGGAAAGGUCUGUUGACAGAAGAAAACACACCCAGGCAACUGACAGGUUUUAACACAUUUUCUGUCCUAUUAAAUCUGCCCAGCAUCGCGGUCUGUUAUUUGGAGCUAGCAGGAGCUCUCAAGGGAUGGAAUAUGGCAGCAACUGAAACGCAGCUUAUGUUAAGCGUCGGAUUAAUCGAGAAAGAUGUGAAUGGAGACACACUGUGGGUGUGGUGCUACCCCUCUGUGGGCUCAGACCUGAGGCAAGUCCUGCUCAGCAAGUGCUGUCUGACACACGACGGCCGGGAUUUCCACACCUUUGUGUUUGGUCAGUUCUGCCGUACCUGGUACUACAUCACCACAGUGGAGGUACAGGAACCCACAGCACUAAACAAGGUCACUCAUUUUUCAAUCGUUGUUACAGCAAAAGACUUCAACCCUGAGAAGUAUGCUGCACUUAGUAGAAUACUCUGCAGGAUGUAUAUCAAACAUGGCAGUCCAGUGAAAAUGAUGGAGGCUUAUGUCACCGUUCUCACCAAAGGAAUCUGCCAGAGUGAUGAGAACGGCUCAUUUCUGAUUAAGGACUAUGAUGUCCGGAAAGCGUACUUGGCUGGUUCGGUCAAAGAUGUGGUGUCUCAGUUUGGCAUGGAGACUAUCAUCCUGUACACCGCUCUCAUGCUGAAGAAGAGGAUCGUUGUCCAUCACCCUCGGAUUGAAGCGUUGUUGGAGUUUACAAGAGUCCUGCCGACUCUGACAUGGCACAGGAAAGACUGGUCCAUCUUGCACCCGUAUGUGCACCUGACUGAUAUUGAACUAGAGGAUCUCAAGAAAUGUCCUGGAUAUGUAGCAGGAUUUGUGGAUCCAGAAGUGAGCAACAGAUCAGACUUGUUUGAUGUGUAUGUGAACCUCCCAGACAGUGUCAUCACAGUGUCCCAGAGUGCCAAAGAGGCCAUGGCUAUGGGGAAGUUACACAAGGACAUCGGCCACCUUAUUGUCCAGUCUGCUGAGGAUGCUGAGAGGUCAGAUAGUCAGGUCAUUAAGGAUAUUUCUGUCAAGACAAAAGAGGUCCUUGCCAACUUGGUGGCCCUGGCUGACGAGUGUGAAGACUCUAAAAUCACACUGGAAGGUUUGAAGCAGCGUCAUUUCCCUCCGGCGACAGAAAACUUCCUCUUUCAUUUGGCAGCUGCCGAGCAGCUCCUGCGGAUAUAAACCUGUUUUCAGACACCGUACUGCAGGAAGACAUUGUUUGUAUGUAUAUUUUGGGAUAAUUUUUUUUUGAAAGGCUUGUGCACACUCACCAUUAUCACUGGAGUGUGCCCAAGGCACUUUCUCACAGUAACCGUCAUGGGAGGUAGGGAAAUGUCACUAGCAUCACAUUUUAUCUUGCACUGCUGUGCUAAUGACAUGACUCAAUACCAGUACCGGGAUAUUGUGCAUCAUAGAAUUAGAGGACACAUUUGGCAAUAUGUUUUUGUUAUUUGCCAACAAAUCCGAUGAAAAGAGCCAUGUUUUAUUCGAUUACUCCAUUUUUGUCAAAAAGCUAUUAAAAACACAUCAUUAUGCCACACUGUUGCACUGGGUGACAUGCUCCUUAAUUACCAUGAACAUGGGCACUGUAGUCCAUUUUGACUCAGUCCUGCUGUCAUAAAUACUCACUACAGCGCCACGUGUAAUAAUCCGCAGCAUAAAAGAGCCCCCACUGAAUGCUAUUUACACACAUUUGAGUUACAUUUAUUAAAAAUGACAGAGCCCAGCUGUUUUAGCAAGUUAUUUUACCUCUUUAUACGUGUGACUGUUUUUAAAAAAAAAGAUAUUUAUGUCUUCAAGCAGGAACCAGUGGGCUUGAAGCUGAGUGCCACAGACAGAGUAGGGAAGUCAUAAAGUAUUUGUACUGUUCUGGUCUUUUUGUGGGAUUUGGUAACAAUGAAACGUUUAUGGACAAUACGGAGCUGCAGUAUUUGUCUCCAACAUGAAAUGGAGACAAACAAGCUGGUACUUUUUUAGUUGGUACAUCUGGUAGUGCUUUCCAGAUGUUAGUUUCCACUCUACAGUACAAACUGAGAGAGAGAGAAAUCCGCAACGGAAGCUGAAAUUGCUAAGAUUAACACGUACUAUUAUAAUUGAGUUAGUUCAUAGAAACUGCAUUAUAGACAUUGCACAAUGUGGGUUUAUUUACAUUUUUUAUAAACAAUGUCACAUUUUGUAUUUUACUAAUGACUUUAGUGUUGCAAACAACUGAAAUACAAGCAAAUUGUGUUGUAUUAUGAGGCUUUUUCAAAAUGUUUUAUAAAAGACGAUAGGUAGCAAAAGAGCUUGAUUUAUAUUGCAUUAUGUGUGUUUUUUUAAUCGAUAUAUAUUUAGCGCUGUUGUUUGACAGUUCAGAGUACAUUUUCAACCACACUGCCAGAAGUAUGGUUUUGUGGCUCAGUAUUUCAGAGUGCAAUAAAUAGAAAAGCUCAUGUAAGUUUGAAAACUAAAUGUAUUUUCAUGAAUUGAUGUAAUGCUUCCUAUCCAUAGGCACACCGAAUAUUCCUACUAAAUAAAUAAAAGUAAAAAGUA